AUGUCUUUUAGUGGGAGUAUUGGUCGAGAGGGAAAUCCAUUUACACUCCCACCUACUGUAGAGCUGUUUGCAUACAGUGAAGAACGGCAAUUGCAAAAACAGCUUGAAAGGAAAACAUUAUCGAAUUUAACUCUGGUACAAAGGACAGAUAUGCUAAAAUCUCCAGUUCCUCCAAUUCAAACAAAGAGGUGUUUAACUUCUAGAAUAUCUCAAAGAGCUGAAUCGACGGUAUCAGAAAAUCAAAAUUCGGAACGAAGGGCAAAAUCAUCAAGAGGUAAAAGAACUACAGAAUUUAUAAACGAAAAACGUGAAAUAUACCUUACCCAAUUAUUAAUUGACCGUAAAAACAAAGAAAUUAAUCAAUUAAAUAAUCAAAUGAAACAAAACGAUCUAAAACUACAAAAAUCAGAAGCAGAAUUUGAUGAAACUGUUUCAAAGGUCGAAAAAGCAACCCAAAUUGUUGAACUUAAAUUGAUUCAAGGAAGAAAAGCAGCAGAAAUAGCUUCACAAGACAGAUGUGAAAAAGAAAGACUUUUAAGACAAAGACAAACAAGUAUUGAAAUACUUAAAUCGGAAAUUAAGAAAGAUUUAUGGACUUUAGAAGAAUAUGAAGAAUAUUACAACUUUUUACAGAGCAUAAUCCCAGAAAACAAGAAAAUAGAAGAAAUUUACGCUGAUUGCGAUUUUGUUCCAAAGCAAUUACAAACUUUGGCAAAAGACAAUUUGUUUAUUUUCGAACACACUCAAAGAAUACGCGAAUUGGAUUUACACCUAAAUGACAAUUCUCAAAAGAAGCUUGAAGAGAUAAAUAAACUCUACAAUGAAGUUAAUUUGAUGAUUAAAAAAUUACCACAGCCAAAAAUUGAUGAUAACUCAAUGACAUCAACAACAAUGCAACGGAAAAAUGCAGUUGAAAGUGAAAUCGAUUAUUUAUCGCAAAAAGUCCUUCAAACAUUCAGAAGUUGUUUUAAUGAGGAUUCUGAUGAAACAGCAAUGAAUCUUUUAACGCGAUUACAGAAGAGGUUAGAAGAACUAUAUCGUGGCGUUGCUAUAGUGAAUCAGAAAUUUGUAAAACAAAAAGAAUUAGAAUUUACAAAAGUUCAUCGUGAAGAAACACGAAGAGUGGCUCAAAUAGAGGAAGCAGCUGCAUUACAGAAGAAGAAAGAGGCAGCGUUCGAACGUGCAAAUCGUCCUGUAAAGAAGAGAACAGGAAGACCUCUUAAUCCAAGAACAAUUCCUGUCAAACGAAAGAGGAAGAACGAUGAUGAAGAAAACGAGCUAAUAAGAAGACGAAGGGAAACAGAGAAGCUAUUAUAUGGACCUGUUUUUGAUUAA